UUGUUUUAGUCCCUCCACUAUUUUCCCUCUUUCACUUCUCGUCCAAAACAGCUGGAGUAUGACGGUUGAGGUAGCAAACGGGGUAGCAAACAUCGUCGGCCAUUCCAACGGCGAUACGAAAACUAACCCUAACGACGUCUCGAGGAAAUCAAAGGAGAACGAGCGCCGCCGUAGGCGGCGAAAGCAGAAGAAAAAUAAUAAGGUAUCGUCUCACGGAGAAGACAGUGACACCGCCGCCGCCUCUGCCGCCGCUGACGCUAAUGGCGUUGCUGAUGAGAACUCCGAUUUUCAGAAGUCUUUGGAGCAAGUUGAAGUGGAAUAUGUCCCAGAGAAGGCAGAGUUAGAUGGCGAGUUGGAUGAGGAAUUCAGGAAGGUCUUUGAGAAAUUCUGUUUCGUCGAUGCUACUGGUUCUGAGGAGAACGAUAAGAUGGACGAGAGUGCUGCUGAUGCAGCCUUAAAGAAAAACCCUUAUUCAGAUUCAGAGGAAGAGCAGGACGCUCAGCCGAAGGAGAAGGGUAUUUCUAACAAAAAGAAAAAGCUUCAACGUAGGAUGAAGAUUGCAGAACUGAAACAAGUCAGCACGCGGCCUGAUGUUGUUGAGGUAUGGGACGCUACUGCAGCAGACCCUAAGCUAUUGGUAUAUCUGAAAUCUUACCGAAAUACUGUUCCUGUUCCACGACACUGGAGUCAAAAACGAAAAUUUUUGCAGGGGAAACGUGGUAUCGAGAAACAGCCGUUUCAACUGCCUGACUUUAUAGCUGCAACAGGAAUUGAGAAAAUUAGACAAGCUUACAUUGAAAAGGAAGACAGUAAGAAGCUUAAACAAAAGCAGCGGGAACGAAUGCAGCCAAAAAUGGGAAAGAUGGAUAUUGAUUAUCAGGUUCUCCAUGAUGCCUUUUUUAAGUAUCAGACUAAACCAAAGUUGACUAGCCUUGGGGAUCUAUAUUAUGAAGGAAAGGAGUUUGAGGUGAAGUUGAGGGAGAUGAAACCUGGGACUUUGUCUCAAGAACUGAAAGAGGCUCUUGGUAUGCCUGAAGGCACUCCUCCUCCUUGGCUGAUCAAUAUGCAGAGAUAUGGUCCUCCACCCUCUUAUCCUCAAUUGAAGAUUCUUGGACUCAAUGCUCCUAUUCCACCAGGAGCCAAGUUUGGCUAUCACCCUGGAGGUUGGGGUAAACCGCCUGUUGAUGAGUAUGGGCGCCCUUUAUAUGGAGAUGUCUUUGGUGUGCUGCAACAAGACCAGCCCAACUAUGAGGAUGAACCUGUUGAUAAGACUAAGCAUUGGGGUGACUUGGAGGAAGAGGAAGAAGAGGAGGAAGAGGAAGUGGAAGAGGAGAUGGAGGAAGAGGAACUGGAAGAUGGUAUUCAGUCUGUGGACAGCCUUUCGAGUACUCCAACUGGAGUUGAGACUCCCGAUGUUAUUGACCUUCGGAAGCAGCAGAGGAAGGAGCCUGAGAAGCCUCUCUACCAGGUGCUUGAAGAGAAAGAAGAAAAGGUAGCUCCAGGAACUCUUCUUGGAACAACUCAUACGUAUGUGAUUAACACCGGCACUCAAGACAAGACUGCUGCCAAAAGGGUCGAUCUGCUUAAAGGUCAGAAAUCAGAUAGAGUUGAUGUUACUUUGGCACCUGAAGAGUUGGAACUGAUGGACAAUGUCCUGCCAGCCAAAUACGAAGAAGCUAGAGAAGAGGAGAAGUUGCGUAGUCAGAGAGAGGACUUCAGUGACAUGGUAGCAGAGAAUGAGAGGAAGAAGAAGCGCAAGAUGCAGGAGAAAGAGGGCAAGUCGAAGAAGAAAGAUUUCAAGUUUUGAGGGGGAUCUUGCAUUUUUUAGUCUAUACCAUCUAAGAUAAGAUAUUUUAGGCCAGCAGUGGAUCCAGCUAAAGGGCAUCCGACCUUGCAAAGUACGCGCAUUCAUUAGUCAUUUUGCACUAUAUAUGUACGCUUGUAAUGGCUUAAUGAAGUGGUAUCAUUUUAUGUUUAGCACAGUGAGGUUUUAUUCGACUCUUCUCACUGAUGAAUGUUAAUGUACGUGCUAUGGCAGAGCUUGUUUAUAAUGGACUAAUAUUUCAGCUUGAUGCUUGAACUUGAA